AUGUCCAUGACAUCGCCCGGAGAUGCUUCUCCGGUCAAACCUCCGCCGUCCUUUUCGCCCGGCGUGCCGCGUAUCACAACAAAGACAAGAUAUCCAGACCAGCGUCGUGAUUCCUCUUCGUCAAUAGACCCAGACUCCCUUGAAGCCAGGAGAGGAUUGUCACCGACGCCUCCUCUCUCCGCUACUACCUCGGAGCUUCCGAUCCGUUCUGCGUCGCCGCACGGUCGGCCGCUUAGAUCGUCAACUCCACAACUAGCCAGGUCGUCUCUGGGCUCACCGUUGGAGGGACACGUUGAUGGUACGGAAGAUAUUCGAUCACUGAUCAUACGGUCCUUUUCUCCUACUGUCGGAGUUUAUGCGUCCGUAGAUACCGAUGAUCUGGUGCGGGAGAAAGGUUUCAAAGGCGGCUUCUGGGAGUUGAUCCGGCCAUUCGGAGAAAGCAUUCCUGGAAAAGUCGUUAUUCGGGAUAGCGUUGGAUCGAGUCGUGGGUGGGAGGAUUACGGAGUACGCUUUGUGGAUCUGGGAGGUCGCCAGCAGUUUUUCGCCGGCCCCGACACUGGACAGAACUCUCUGGCACAGCUAGAGGAUGUUUUGGACCGACAACUUGAUUCGGCAGAUGAAUUAUUGGGCGCUCCCCUGCGCCCGAAAGACCUCGCGAAUUCCCUUGCAACUUCACCGUUAUACAAGUUCUACCUGCGUCAGCUUUUGUCAACGGCGUCGGCAGCACCCCACGAGACUUUCCGCCACCCCGUAGCCAGUGUGAUUGCCAUUAGCUCACGCAAUACGGCUCCAUUAGAAACUCUUCGUCAGUUGUAUGCAGAUACAAGCAAUGGAGACCGGAGGUUACCGGAGUGGGUGCAUCCAGAGUAUCUUCGUUACUAUGUCCUCGUUCACGACGAGGACCGGGACGACAUCGCCGAGUCAACCAAGCUCUAUGAUCAGAUGAAGCGGCAUUUUGGGCUGCAUUGUCAUUUACUAAGGCUACGCAGCAUGCAGUGUGUUGUGACGGAUGAUGACAGUGCUCCAGUCCCUCAGUGCGAAUGGCUCUCCCCGUCGGAGCAUCUAGCAAGCCAGGACGAACCGCUUGUUGAGCUUGACACCGAAUAUCGCCCAUACCUCUUUGACUCGGACGCGAUGGCUAUCAGGGUUUUCGUUCGGGAGUUAGUCGCUCAGUCAAUCAUUCCGUACAUGGAAAAUAGAGUUGCCGUUUGGAAUGAUCAGGUGGCAUCUCGAAGGCGCGGUAUUAGUGGCCGUUUCAUGUCGAUGUCGCGGAAAUGGGCAGGGUUCGGUUCUAGCUCGCGAUCUGGCAUUAAUGGCUCCGGUGGUGGGAACUAUGAUUUUGUGCGCGGAUUCUACAAACCGGACGCGCCUGAAGCGAUAUUGCGAAAGAUGGCUGACUUUGCUUUUAUGCUUCGUGACUGGAAGCUAUCAGCGUCCACCUAUGAGCUCCUACGUUCCGACUAUACCAACGAUAAGGCUUGGAGAUAUCAUGCCGGUGCUCAUGAGAUGUGCGCAGUGAGCACGCUGCUGAACCCAAUGGCCAUGCCAGCAAAACCCAAACUCGAAGCCAUCGAUCAGAUGUUGGAAACGGCUUGCUAUUCCUACCUCACGAGGUGCUCUGAUGCCCCCAACGCUCUGCGUUGUUUAUGCUUAGCUAUGGAACUGCUGAAGUCUCGUGGCGGGUUUGCAACUGAAAGCGCGGCUAAAUGGGCCAUGCGGGCCAUGGACCUAGGCUUAGUCGGUGGGAUAGGGCAGAUCCUUUUCAGCGAAAGAAUCUCGGCGUGUUAUGCUUCUAGGCCGCCACUGACCGGAGUGAAAUGGGGCGGCCGUCGCAGGAAGGCUGGGAUGUGGAGCGUCCUUGCAGCUGACCUCUGGCUCAGGGUUGGGAAGCCAACUCUGGCGUCUUCUUGCCUUGAGGAAGCGGAACGCCUGUACGCUGACGUUCUUGACAGCGACGGAGUAUUCCCCAUGCCAGAGAUGCAAUCAUUCGUUGAUAAUCUACGUCAUACGGUGAAAGUCGAAUAUCUUGGUACUCGGGGCUUAGGCCCUCAGGAGGAAGUAUCUGCGACCGAGCAGCUGGAACCUGAGGAAACAAGCGAAAAGCUGGACAAGCGCCAGAAUCGGAAGUCUUUGAUCGGCAACCCUCUGGAUUCAGGCGGCCUUACUGCGCCGAUGACGGGGGAUAAUGAAAUUUCAGCGAAUGACGACUUUGAACGAGCUUAA